AUGAUGAGUUUUUAUGGCUAUAAUGUUCUGUCCAGGCGUCUCUCUGUCCAAGCCUGGAGCAUAGGUGGCGGUAGUAGAGGCAGCCAUCAGCGAUGGAUUGGCCAUACAAGCGCUGCUCUCAUAGAUGCUGUCAAUGAGGAAACCCCACCUGACAAGUUACGUUCCGACCUACAUAGCGCCCUUCAGAUGGUUGAUGAAAUAUACGAUACAAAUACUGCGGCAGAGGACGUUAAUGACAAGGGCAAGGAAGGUCGACAAAAAUAUACCCGAGAGAUGGACAAGGCCUUUAAUUUGCUUAAAACAAACAUAAAGAAGGAAGAUAGACAAAUUAAAUAUUUGAAGCCUACAAGAGCACGAACGCGCCCUACUAGCGGGUCAUAUACCUUCCAAAUAAAUGCUCAAAAAGUUAAGCAUACAUUAGUACCUUACAAUCGAAAAGGUGCUCAUAAAAACGACCAUAAGCCACCUGAAAUAGCCCAUGGGCUGACUAGAGUACUAUAUCAACCCUUGUCGUUACAAAAAUUGAGAGAUAAUAGAAGCGGAAUGUAUAAUUUUGACCCUGCAGUGGAGGAUAUCAAUCCAGAGUUUUUGGAGAAGAGAAGUGAAGAGAAUAUAAAUGCGAGUUCUCUUGGGAGUAAACAAACGAAACCAAUUUUCAUCACACCUCACAAGGAUGAAUCUCUAUUGAAGGUUGCCAACGAACACAAAAAAAAAUACAUUUCCUCGUCAAGUUCUAUGACCUCGAUACUUUCCCAGUUGCAUUAUCUUCUUUCCAACUUUAGAAAGUUGAACAUCAUUGAUUCUUCGAUAUCUAGGAACUUCCCUCAGAAAAAUUGUAAUUAUUCAGAAAGUGCAUAUUUUCCAUCAACAGUCAUUUUAAGAAAGAAAAAAAAAGGCGUUUGUUCUAUCGAUUCCGAUCGAAGUCUGGAUAGAGAAAUGGUUCUCUCUGUACUGGGACACUAUCUUGAAGAUUUCCUAACAAAAAAGUCGCCUAACAGUUUACAAGCUGAAAACUACCAUUAUUCCAGCAUAGACGAAUUCAUCGUGAGAUCUCAAUUAGACGCCUACGAUCCAAAUCUACCUGGAACUGGUGUUUUUGAUUUAAAGACAAGGGCUGUUUCUGCUAUAAGGUAUGAUUUGUCACAUGUAGAGAAUAACAAUAAUCAAACUGGAUACGAGAUAGACCGGGUCUAUGGCGAAUUUGAAUCCUUGGAAAGGGAAUAUUUUGAAUUGAUAAGGUCCGCACUUUUGAAAUAUUCUUUACAGGCUAGAAUUGGUAAAAUGGACGGUAUAUUUGUUGCCUAUCACAAUAUCUCUAAAAUGUUUGGAUUCCAAUAUCUACCUUUGGAUGAGUUAGAUUAUAUAAUACAUUCUUCAUGCAACAACAAAUUUGAUAGUUUAUUAGAGCAGAAGGACGAAAUUAUGAAAGGCAUAUAUGGUGAAGAAGACUACAUUUUACGCCACAGUAGGAACGACAAAGAGAUUGCCUCCUUGGUGGCUAGUAGAGAAUUUAAAAUGUCAAUGAAUUUGUUUAGCAAUAUUUUGAAGCAUGUUGAGCAAUUACUGAACUCAAACACUACUAGCUGGGAAAUGUGUAAAAUAAUGCUCAAAACCGAAGUUGAAGAAAAACAGCUGAAAAAUGGCCGCUUCUUUAACGAGCCAGUUCUAAAUAUCGUAGCCCUGCCACUAACAUCUGGGUAUGAGGAUAAAUCACUACUGGUAAAGGAGGCUUCGAACGAACAAUUGACAGAAGAGCUAACGAACAUUCGCCUGUAUAAUGAAAAUCUUUUAGAAGAGAACUUGGAUAUGUUGGUCGGCUUUAAGGUAAACGUCAAGCAUUUCUACCAUCAUCACCCUAGUACUAUGAAUCUGCCAACAUUUGCUUCGAAAAAGAAAGAUAUUCUGGACCCCGAUGCCCGUGAAUAUAUUUCUGACAUAAUGAAGCGAGAUUGGUAUAAGGAUAUACGAUCCACACAAACUCCAAACUUCUUCCAUGCAUCAGAUGUUUCCACUUGGGAAGUCAAUUCUACCUUUACAGAUAUCAUCGAUAAGAAGGAGUUGAGGAGUUUAUACCUGAAAUAUCUAGAUGUUAAAUUAAAGGCGUUGAAGAACCAAGUCCUUACACGUCAGGAACCAGACACAUCCCGAAAGGAUGAAAUUAUAAAUCGAAUCAAAAAAUUGCAAACCCGCAGGAAACACGGCAGUAGCACAAGUCACAACAAAUCAUCAAAUUUUGGUCCCUCACGACUACAAACCAAGCUGCGUGCAUACGCCAAGAAGGGUGCUCUACGAAGGAAACUUUGGGAAAGUAAUGCUAAAUUGCAUGCGUAA